GGGAGGUCCGGACGCUGGCGGCCAUGGGUCUCGCAGGUAAUAGAAAACGUAACUGGGUUGUUCUAAGGACUAAUGCUUGCACCAGCUCAGCAUGGCCUAUGUAGAGAGCAGUGGGCCUGGCCGACCUCCUCCCUCAGACACACUCUGUUGUGUUAGCCCAGAAAGUGUUUCCCUUCGUCGAACCUCUCACCGCAGCCAUAACAUAUGCAUGGUAUCUGACUUUUUCUAUCCCAACAUGGGAGGUGUGGAAAGCCACAUUUACCAGCUCUCCCAGUGCCUGAUUGAAAGAGGGCACAAAGUCAUAAUUGUCACCCAUGCUUAUGGAAAUCGAAAAGGCAUUCGUUACCUCACUAAUGGCCUCAAAGUCUAUUACUUGCCUCUGAAAGUCAUGUACAACCAGUCUACAGCCACAACCCUCUUUCACAGUCUGCCAUUGCUCAGGUACAUAUUUGUUCGGGAGAGAAUCACCAUAAUCCACUCACAUAGCUCUUUUUCUGCCAUGGCCCAUGAUGCCCUGUUCCACGCCAAGACCAUGGGGCUCCAGACUGUCUUCACGGAUCAUUCCCUUUUUGGAUUUGCUGACGUCAGCUCGGUGCUUACCAACAAGCUUCUAACUGUGUCUCUUUGUGACACAAACCACAUCAUUUGCGUCUCUUAUACUAGUAAGGAAAACACUGUGCUCAGAGCAACUCUGAAUCCUGAAAUAGUGUCCGUCAUUCCUAAUGCUGUAGAUCCUACUGACUUCACUCCAGAUCCACUACAAAGGCAUAAUAAUGUAACCGUUGUUGUUGUCAGCAGACUUGUUUACAGAAAAGGGACCGAUUUCCUUGGUGGGAUAAUACCUGAACUCUGUCAGAAAUAUCAAGAUUUAAAUUUUAUAAUUGGAGGAGAAGGACCAAAGAGAAUCAUUUUGGAAGAAGUACGGGAAAGAUACCAGCUCCAUGACAGAGUGCGUCUCUUGGGAGCCUUAGAGCACAAGGAUGUUAGAAAUGUCUUAGUUCAAGGACAUAUUUUCCUUAAUACUUCCCUCACUGAAGCAUUCUGCAUGGCGAUUGUGGAAGCGGCCAGUUGUGGUUUACAGGUUGUAAGUACCAGGGUUGGUGGAAUUCCAGAGGUGCUUCCAGAAAAUCUUAUUAUUUUAUGUGAACCUUCUGUCAAAUCUUUAUGUGAAGGACUGGAAAAAGCUAUUUCCCAGCAAAGGUUAGGAACAUUGCCAGACCCGCAAUACAUCCAUAACAUCGUGAAGACUUUCUAUACUUGGAGGAAUGUGGCAGAGAGAACUGAAAAAGUGUACGACCAGGUGGCAGGAGAAGAUGUGCUACUGAUAGGAAGAAGAUUAGAAAGACUCAUCUCGCACUGUGGCCCAGUAACAGGCUAUAUUUUUGCUUUGCUGGCUGUAAUCAACGUUUUCUUCCUUGUUUUCCUGAAAUGGAUGACUCCAGAUUCUGUCAUCGAUGUUGCAAUAGAUGCCACAGGGUCAAAUGGUGCCUGGACUAAAAAUCCUUGCAGGAAAAAAAGGGAGACCAAGAUGUCUAAAACCGGCAAGAUGUCUAAAACCGGGUAACAGAAAGCCUGGGUGACUAAGGUUUUAAACAUUUGUAACAGUUAUUAUGUAACUGUAAGUUACACUUAAUCUUGCUUUAUUGGUAGUUUAUUUGGUUCUUCCAGUUAAUUUAGUAAGUUAUGCUACCUCUAUAUCAUUCAAUAUUUUAUUUUGAGGAACGAUAAAAUUACUUAUGCAAUUCCUGAGUGUAGGAGCUCGUUGCACUUAUUUACAAUGUGGGAAAGAAAAUUUAAGUCACUCAGGUAUGACAUUUUUCAGAGUACUGAAAUCCCUCUAAGCAGAAAAUGUUGUAACAUUUUAUUUCGGGAGCUUUGGGUGCUGAUGGCCAAACGUUUUUCUGAGCAUCUUUUGGCCAUUUUUAAAUGUUCUACCAUUGGAUUAGACGUUCACCAAUGUUUACAAAUUUUCUUUGGGAAGUACAACUGUAUAAAUUGUUUUUAAGUCGUGUCCAUACACGUUUAGUCAACACUUUCAAUCUGCUUCUUGCACAGUUCUUGAGUACCCUCAGUAAUUUUUACAUAGGAUCAGCUGGCUUCUUGAUUCUGGUGGUCUGUCGCUGACCAGCCUGGUUUGAAUAAAGUACCAACUGAUGUGAAUGGAGAGUAUGAAACUAGGUACUUCAUGCUGUAAAGAACCAGGGGGGGCAUUUACUGUUUAGCACUCAAAUGGCUCAUUUCAUUGUUGACAUGAAAUGGUAAAAUAGCCAACAUGCCAAAAAUGCUUAUGCUUUUAAUGCCAGGAGGAAAAAGAAAUAUCUUGAUCUACUCUGAGUACUUCCUUGGUCCUAUGGUAUGUGUUUUUGUAGGUAGAGCCAUCCUGUUGGGUUGUUUUUUGAAAACAAUAUUUGUUUUUUGUUUUUUUUUCCAGUAUCAGGACCGAAACACUGUUAAAAAUAGUACAGAAAAAAAUCCUUUGCAUCUUUUAUGACAUAAUUUAGUCCUCUGUAAAUGCCUUCGUGUUUU